AAAGUCACAGAUCCACCUGAACUGUACAGGAGGAAGACUCUUUCUUCACCCUUUGUUGUUUGUACUGUGGGUCAGGACAGCCAGCCACCAUGCCCACUGAUGCCCAAACCGACGCCCGCUCCUUCCUUACCGAGGAGAUGAUUACAGAGUUCAAAGCUGCCUUUGACAUGUUCGACACGGAUGGAGGCGGUGACAUCAGCACCAAGGAGCUGGGUACAGUCAUGAGGAUGCUGGGCCAGAAUCCAUCCAGAGAGGAGUUGGACGCCAUCAUUGAGGAGGUGGAUGAGGAUGGCAGCGGCACCAUCGACUUCGAGGAGUUCUUGGUCAUGAUGGUCCAACAGCUAAAAGAGGACCAGGCUGGAAAGAGCGAAGAAGAACUUUCAGAAUGCUUCCGUAUUUUUGACAAGAACGGAGAUGGUUUUAUUGACCGAGAAGAAUUCGGAGAUAUCCUCCAUAUGACCGGAGAGCAGGUCACAGAGGAAGAUAUCGAUGAGAUGUUUGGAGAAUCAGACUCAAACAAAGAUGGAAAAAUUGAUUUUGAUGAGUUUCUGAAGAUGAUGGAAAAUGUCCAGUAAUGAGACCAGCUUUACAUUCCUUCGUGAUUCUUCCUCAGAGAAACAAAGCACUUACAGUAUAUGUGACACAAGUCCGCAAAGAUCAAACUCUAAACGCUACAUAUAUGCUACGCCAUGGAAAUGGAUGUAAAAUAAAAUCCUUCACCCCCUCCA